AAGGACCCAACAGACCCCACAACCACGAAUUACCGUAGCAUAAUCACCCCGCGCUGAAAGUAAACGAAGAAAAAGAAGAAGAACACAGUGCAGAAGCAAACAACAAAAAGGGCGACGCAGAAAAGAGAAACUUUCGCACUCGCAUUUGAGAACAGAGGAAGAAUAGAACGAUUUUUAAGCGUGUAUUAUUGUUGUACAGAAGUGGAAAAACGUUGUGUUGCGCUGUCGUGCGUGUGAAACGUGCCGUUCAAGUGUGCUUUCCAAAAGGGUCGAAAAACCAAUACGACCCCGAUUCUGCGAUGAGCUGUAACGACAAGAACGAUGGUAUCUCGAAGGAGGAAUGGCAAAGCCGUCUCGAAACAUUUCCAUUCAAGCAGGACGAUAUUAACAAAUUGAUUAUGAACUACCUGGUUACUGAGGGAUUUAAAGAGGCGGCAGAAAAGUUUCAAGCGGAAUCCGGUGUUGUACCUUCGGUGGAUCUGAACUCGUUGGAUAACAGGAUAUUGAUACGGGAAGCGGUCCAGAAUGGUUUCAUACAGGAGGCGACCCACCUGGUCAACCAGUUGCAUCCGGAACUGCUCGAUAAUGAUCGCUAUCUAUAUUUCCAUCUUCAGCAGCUUCAUCUGAUCGAGCUUAUCCGUGCCGGAAAGAUUGAAGAAGCGCUUACGUUCGCUCAGACGCAAAUCUCCGAAGCGGGCGAAAGUAACCCGGAAGUGUUAAACGAACUCGAGCGCACACUUGCGCUGCUCGCGUUCGAGAAACCCCAGCACAGCCCGUUCGCGGACCUACUCGAUCAUACCCACCGUCAGAAGGUGGCCAGCGAGCUGAACGCGGCAAUCCUCAAGACUGAACAGCAGGAACAGUCGAGCCCACGCAUGAUCAACAUCCUCAAGCUAAUACUGUGGGCACAGACCGAGCUGGACAAAAAGAACGUCAAGUACCCGAAGAUGAUGGAUUUAGCCUCGGGCACUAUCGAGCCAAAGUAGAGUCAGCAAAUUAAGGCAUUGUCCAAGAACGGAUACGCGUGUUUGUGUGUUUGAUAUGUACAUGUGUGUGAUCGAAAUAUGUAUGUGAGAGGGUGAAGGAAGGAAGCGGACGAUGUCUAGUUAGUUUAGUACGAAGCUUUGAAGCACGAAUGUUGGCCCUGGGCUGAUUUAGUUGGAUAGAGAAGGAAGUAACAGGAAAUGUCUAUAUCUUAAAGAUGGAAGCGUGGAGCCACUUCUCAUAGUAGUGCAGAUAAUCACAACGGCUUAACAACACGACGCACUUUGCGCCAAAAUCUGCUAAAAACCCCGGGCCCACCACCAUAAGGACUGACACGGAAAUGGCAAAUGGGUAAAUCAGAAAACUUUCAAAAUGGCCUGUUCGGCCGUUAAAAAAGCUGUACACUCUUUUCCCGAUUAAAGAAUAUUUCAAAAUUUUAUCAGUUCAGUAAUCGUUUGUGAUUCAGUGUUUUAUUUGUAAUGAAGCAUACCUGUUAAACAGCAUCAAUGUUGAUAUGGAAAAGAUUUUGGUCACUUCACAUCAAAUAAUAUAUAUUUUAGAAUUCCAAAUAAAUACGUUUGUCAAAUUAUAUAUCGUAACAUGAAAAUAAGUAUAUACGAAAUAUAAACGAUGUUGUAAAGGGAAUUCGACUUACGCGAUAAAUUGAAUUAGGCAAAUUUCUUUGGCAACUCGGGAAAAGACUUACGUUCAAUUGCGUUUCGAUUCGCUACAUGCAAAAAGUUGCAUAUUAAAAAUCAAGUGUCACAUACUUAAAAGAAUAGGACGCGGAAAGGAUAUAUGUUGCUUGCUCUCAUUUAGUAUGUGGUAAAGUCUCUUUUUGGUGACCAACUGCAUUAUUCCCAGCUUAUGUUUAAACUAGUACGGCACAGAAAUGAAAUUUAUCAAUGAGUUUACUUCCUUAUUAGCAAUUCAUAGCAUUAUAAUAAAGAAAUAUAUGUUUGCUUGAAUAAUAUUCGUUUGUAAUGGAUUUAAUCUGGCCCAGCUCAGAACAAUAAAAUGCUAAAAGUACCU